AAUGCAUCACUGUUACACCAGGAGAACAGUCACGCAGAGAUGGGUGAUAUGAAGUGUCUCCUCCUUUUGCUGUGUGCAGGUGUCACCGUGAGCUCAGAUGUGGAUCUGCAGAAGAGAGUUGUUCGUGGUCGUCCAUGUGGAAAUACAGAGCGCGGGUACCAUGUCAGGUUAAGAGCAUCUGAUGGGAUCCGUAGCUCCUUAUGUGGUGGCUCUCUGAUCAGUGACAGCUAUAUUCUGACUGCAGCUCACUGCUGGAAGGAUAGGUGGGAGAUGACUGCAUAUUUAGGAGUGCAUCCAGGUCCACCAGUUCCACUACGAGGAGUGAGAAUCACACAACACCAUAUCUACAAUGACAUCAAUGGACCUCAUGACAUCAUGCUGCUGAAGUUACCAACACCCACUCAUAUUACAUAUAUAGCACUUCCUAGCGACCUGGAAUGUAGGAAUCCUUUUGUAAAACCUGUUCGGGUUGCCGGUUAUGGAGCUACAACUGUGUUUCCCAAUGGGACAAUAGGAAAUGAUAGACCAACAGAACUCCACUGUGGUGACAUGAAAGUCGUCAAAUGUCAGUGGAAUAAAAAAUGUCAGCGCAGAAACCCUGACCCCUUCACUCAGUCCUUGGCCUAUCAACACUUACUUUGUGGACAAUCUAAAACUGUGGAUAUUGCUCCAGGUGACUCUGGUGGAGGAGUCGUGAAAAAAUGCAGGAUUUACGGGGUCAUUUCUAACGGUGUUAAUGUUGCCUGUGCUGAACCAGCUGGAUUCAUGAACGUCUGUAAAUACAAGCCAUGGAUCAAAGGGAUUGUGGGUAAAGAUAUUUGGAAAAAUCUCAGAAAACAGAAAUGUCUUUUUCCUUAAGAGGCAUUCACAAUCAUUUAAUAAAGUAGUGAGUCACUUCACAUGUUCAAAAGAUAAAUGUACUACUGUUUUCUUUAUUGUUGAUCCUGAUUUAAUUAAAGAUUAUUUGAAAACAUUCAAAAUAAUACUAAAGCAUUACUUCAAAGAUCUUGAGGUAUAGUCAAGUUGUAUUGUUAUCAGAAGAAAUAAGAUGAACAAUUUUACAUUUUCAAAUUAAUCAAAAUUGAUAUUUGUUUAUAUUUGUCAGUUCGUCUGGAGAAAAACAAACAAAUGUAAAACAUGAUACAUGAUCAAUGAUGAUGUGUGAUAAGAUAAAAUAUGAAUACUCAGACUUGUGAAAAUAAAAAUAUGACUCACAA